ACCGAUGCUGUAAAAGGUGAUCAUAAUAAAUUAGCAAAUUAUGACUAUUAUCAUCCUAAUCCGCCACCUAUAGCCAGAAUAGAUUACAAUCUCUACGACGAUGCCAAUGUUUAUCCUUCAAUAACUGAAAAGUAUCCUUUGUACACGGACCUCGAAGAUGGCAGCAAGGCAGAAUAUAUAUACAAAUUUAACGUUGAAGGUCCCGAUGCUGUGAUAUCAUCCACGGCCGGUAAAUUUGGCGGUACCUUAGGCUCGAAAGCUUUUGUUAAGUAUGAUUUUAGCGGGAGCGGAGUUCAACCUUCGAAAGGUUUCUCACCUCCCACAAAAACCGAAGGUGGUUUCGUACCUAAAGAACCUUUGCUACUGGACGAUGAAGAUGAGGCCAACGAGAGCAGUGAAGGUGCUGGAAUAAAGAUAAGGGAUAAUUACCAUGUCACACCACAUAUUUUCGAAAUAACGACGUCAGCUGAUGUUCUAAACACGACCAAAGUAAUAGAAAUCACAACACCCGAUCCAUUUAGAGAUGUCAUUAGGACAGAACCACCGCCGGAUUUGACUUCAUUAAUCGAAGAUAAAUUGAAAAAUUUAUUAACUAACACCAAAUUAUCAAGAUUGCCGCCAUCUCAGCCAACAUCAUCGGUUAGACCAUCAAUGCCAACAGGAAUGCAUUUAAUACCAUCUAUAAUUGAAGUCAACUUGACAGACAGAGAAAUUAAUCAGAAAACAAAUCAAUUUUCAACAGAAAGCAGCAAACUUUACAACGAUACAGUAAACGCAAAAGAAAUCCUUAGACGCGAAGGUGAGUCUGGCAUGGAAAAACUGUCACAACAGUCCAAUAGCACGGACAUUAGUCAUCUCGUACAACGUACACCAACUCUAAAUCGUAUAAGUGAAAUACCAAUAUUUAUAUUAGAGCCGCAGGCGAGUGCACAAUCGUUGGCUUAUGUGAAGAAUACAACAACAACGGUCAAAAUGAUUACAACACCAAAGUUUCAAGUGUUUCAUACGACCACAGUCAGGCCGAAGACAAAGAAAAAACAAACAACAAAUUCAAUGUUAACAACCGUGACGAAUACGGGGACGACGGCUGCGUCGGUCACAAAAAGACCAACAAUGAAAUUCAAUCGCAACAAAACAGUUGCAACUGCACCAACACGAACAAAAGCAUCACAUCAUCACAAACCCAUAAAGGCGAAGAACUCAACCGUAACGGCAAUGGCAACGGCCACAGCGGCUGCCUCGAUGAAGCCAAAGUUAAAUGCAACGCGAAGAGGACAAACGAGCGCAAAACCAACAUCUGCGAAUACAAGCAGAAAGCCAACAACAUCAGAGAUGAUGACGGUGGUCAUCACACCCACAGCAACUGGGGCGGACUUUGAUUUACACUCGGCAAUGGCUAUAAAGCAGAGAACAACAAACAAAAUUAAAACAGCAGACACUACAAAAAAGAAGAUAGCACAGAACUCAAGCUUAGUCACACCAAUGACUACAACUUUAGCUAGCACAACUAAAACUAUAACUAGCACCGCAAAUCCAUUCUUAAUGUCACCUUUUGACAAAUUGCCUUUUAUGGAUGCCAGCAUUGAGGUGAAACGCACCUCUACAUCAGCGUCACCCCAUCGUCCCUCGUACACGAACACAAGCAAUGCCUUGAUUGAUUUGGCUCACUACAAACACACACUCAAUCAGUUGGAAGGCUUAGAACCUUUGUAUAUAUCGCCUACGAUAAGUACCACAACAACUACUACAACGACCACAACGCGAAAUCCACAAUAUCAUCAUUCUUCCUCGAGCAAUUUAAUUGAUCCCAUAGGAAUUUUAAAGCUAGCCGGUUGUAAUAUUUAUGGACGUAUGUAUCGUGUAGGUCGAAUUAUACUUGAACUCUCCAAUCCUUGUUUAGAAUGUAGAUGCACAGAGAUUGGCGUUAAAUGUGGCCCAUUGGACUGCUAGUUAUGGCAUAAGUAGUUUCUUUAGUGUUAGUAAAUUA